ACACUGGAAAGGGGCGUGAAGGGAAACGAUUGGGAAGGAGUGGCGCUGGAGGCGGGCAGGGCGGGCAGAGGCAGCAGUCGACAGUGCAGGUUCGAGCCAACGUGCGAGAGGGAGGCAGAGAGAGAGAGAGAGAGAGAGGAGCGAGCGCACAGCGAAGCCCAGCCAUGCGUUCUGGAAUCUCUCUUCACGAUGUAGUCAUUGAGAAGUUCAACUUAAUGAAGAUUCCGAAGCCAGGUCAAGCCAAGAGAAAAUUUCUCCGUCUGCGCCUCAGCGAGGAUGGGAAACAUCUGGUGGAGGAUGAUGAAUGUGAGACACAGCAGCAAACCUGCACAGAUGGAUACAAGCAAUUAUUAAGCCACCUACAAUCGAAACACUGCUGCUUUUUGAUUUGUGAUAUCUCUUAUGACACAAAUGAUUCGCUUACCAGGGAAGAUCUGAUCUUAAUACAGUGGUGUCCAUCUGAAGCAGCUAUAAAGGAAAGGGUGCAGUUCUCAUCAACAAAAGAAGAAGUCAAGAGCAAACUGAGAGGUAUCAGGUUUGACCUGGAGGUCAAUUCCUUGGAUGACAUAGACCUAAGCAUCCUCGCUGAUAAGCUGGGAAAAAAUGUUGUGAGAAUAGAAGGGGUACCAGUGUGAUCCUGUACUGAACAACACUGUUGAAAGUAAUGUAUUGUGCCUUGAUAGAUAUAUACCCAAGGCCACUUCAGUCUAUUUUUGACUCUUCAAUAUUCCAAGCUGUCACUUUGUAAUGUUUUUGAGUAAAAAUGAAAUUCUUUCUCUCUUUUAGACCAGCAUUUGUUUUCUUUCAUAUGCAGUGCCUCUUGCUGUUAAUGACUUUGGAAAAUAUCUGCCAACAUUUUACUGCUCUGAAUCAGUUUUUGGAAUAAUUUAAAAUUUAACGACUGUUACAACCCUAAACUCAAUGUUAAAAAAUGGUUGUGCUUCAAGUUCACAUGCAGUGUAAUUACGUUUGAGCAAUCUAUAAUACAUUUUGAUACUUGAUGUUUUCCAUUCUAUCUAUUCGAUCUUUGACCUUUCUUAUUAAAGGAUUUCUGAUAAUAUUUGGUAAGGUAUUUGCUGUUGAUAAAUGAACCUGUAGUCUGCAAUAAUAAACCUUCAUUGGAACAAAAUGAA